AAAAUGUGAAAGAAGAACGGUUUCCUACCUCUUCAUUUGGAGUAAAGGCCCUUCGCAUUAUACGCACAACCAACUGUAAUUUGUAUAGGAAAUUUACAAGACGCUGCAGGCAACAGGAAUUCUUGAGUGCAACGAGAUAAUGCAAAAUUAUCGAGCAAGCAAGGUAUAUACCGUUUCCCCUAUCAAUCUUUUCGGUGUUCGGGAACAAAGAAGAGGUUUGUUGGUUCCUGAGAAGCCAAAAUUUCUAAAAGACAUAGCAGAUCUUUAUUCGGAUCAAUUAGCUUUAAAGUAUCGAUACACAUCUACUUAUCCAGAGCCAUCGAUAGCGUGGCUUAGUAGAGAGCAGCAUGGUAGUCCACUUCCUCUGUAUAAAGCGAAGAUUGUCUUGGAAGGGAAACUGCCUAGGGAUUUUGAUGGGAUAAGGAGCCUUAAAUUUUCUGAGGACGCAACACAGUUGAUCGUAGGCUAUGGAUGUGGUAACAUAGAGAUAUGGCCAAUUAGUUCUCAUAAAAACAAGCGUUACGUUAAAUCGAAUGGCGAUAAGUUUGCUAUUACUUCCAUACAGCGCAUUCCCAAGACGGAACGUUUUUUGGCUGCCAGCUUGCCUGGAAUUGUAUACAAUUGCGGUCCCAUGGAUGACGAUUAUCGCAUUUUUAUUCGAGAACCGCACAACGAAAUCAACUCGGUCGAUGUAUGCUACGAUGGAACCCUUGCUGCCACUGGAGGAAAGGAUGCUUGUAUACGAUUGUAUGAUAUUGAGACAUGUAAGACAAUUCGCAUUUUCAAAAGAUCGUCGUACGGAUAUGCAAACGAAGAUAGCAACUUUCACGGUCUAAGAAUACUAUGCGUCAAAUUUCACCCCGAAAUGGAUAACACCAUGGUGUCGGGAGGAUGGGACGGUUUAGUUAAGAUUUGGGACACACGAACGCCUGGGGGUUGUGUCAGUAACCUUUGCGGACCCUACAUCUGCGGUGAGGCUAUAGACAUCAAUGCUUCGACGGUGUUAACUGGAUCAAUGCAAAUCGGCAAUGGCCUCCAGCUGUGGAAUAUAAAUACGGGAAAGUUAAUCGAAUGUGUUUCUCCCUUAAACCGGUCCGUUGCUGUAAAUGGGGAGUUUACUUACACGGCUAAGUUUUACGACGGCGAUUUCUCGGGAAACACGGUAAUUGCGGGAGGAAGAAAUUCUAAAUUUGAGAUGAUAGACAUUAUGGAAAGAAGGGUAAUGUGUGGGUUUCCUGUGAAGAGAAGUUGUUUAGCCAUUGACAGUAAAGACAAACUUUUGGCGUUUGGUGGUCUAGAACCGAUGCUUAGGGUAGUAAAUUAUAAUUAA